CCUAAUUCCGAUUAUAUGAGGAUAACUCGGCCGACUUCCUAUGAGCUGUUCGGAUUUAUCUCGGAGUGUCUCGGAUUUAAGACAGAAUCACGAAUAGGUAGAGGCAGAUGCUUGCCUGGGUACAUAUACAACCUCGAGGGUCUGGUAUAAAAGCAUAACUUGAGACGCGCCUGUUACUCAUGAAUAUUGUGCAACUUGGUGUGGGCAUAUUCCCGCCGUGUCUUUUUUCUUGGCAACAGAUUCUCGAACUUCCGAAUUGUAUGAGCUACUGGAAUGGGCUCGACUUUGUCAUCGAAGCAGGAGGAUGCGGGCUUGAUGGAAGAUUAUCGACAAUGGAAGGCAAUGGGUCAGGGUGGUACAUCGCGUAACUGGACCGGAUACAUGUCUCAAGUUGUCGUCGGUAAGACUAAGGCGUUUGGCACCAACGAGACGAUCAAGCCUGGCUUCUAUGAAAACCCCGAGAAGCGAGCCACUGGAUGGAAGAAAGCCACAGAGCAGCAGAAAGCUAAUGCUCAGAAGUCAUUUCUAAAAGAAACCCUUCCGAUACGGCUAGGUCCCCGGGUUAGGGCAAAACCCUAUGUGUUCCCUCAACGUGAGAGGAAUGCCGAUCACCCUCAGGAUCCAGCAGUCGAGCAGGCGUAUCUGGAAGCUUUUGAUAAGCUGUGUGAAAUCAACACAGAUACUGAAUGGGGGACGUCAGUGCUCGAGAAACACGGCCAGGCGCUGUUCACGAAGAGCUCGGUCCCGCUUUCGCCUCUGGCCGGCCCGUCUUCUCGGGAGAUAUGUCACAUCCACAGCACAGAUCUGUCCGGUCACGUCACCUUGUCAUUUGUAGAUGCGGAGGAUGUCAUAUCGAAAGGUUGGGGGGAACGUCACCGCUUGAGCGGCACAGAUUGGAUCCACAUCGGCUUCACGAUGCUCUAUGUGCCAAACACGAUAGAGGAAACAGAAAUUCUUAUAAAGAUCUUCCAGGCUGGCAUUGAUUAUAUGAAAAGCGGUUAACUUACAGUUUCUGGGUACGUUGAGGGUU